CGUUUCUGAUUGGCCAGGUGACGCUGAUUGCAACCGGCUAGGAAACAUGGCCGAAACUGGGCGGGAGGGAAGGAAAGUUCUUCACCUUCGUCUCUAAGCAAAGCCCUCACCGACUCCGCCACUAAAUUCUCUCAACCCCUAAACACGAGCUUCUGAAAGCCCCCUGUAUCUAUCCAUAUUAUAUUUCACCCUGUAAGUAUUUUUCGUUCUUUUCUCCAUCGCCGCUCAGCAAUGGACGGCACCGAAUCAGUCAGCAACGGCGAUAACCCACCGGAACAAAUCCUCGAUUAUGAUUGGGAUAUCAUACUAGACGGUGAAGAUCCGUUCACUGCAGCGGGAUUCUCGGAUCCUUCGCCCGAUUCGCUUCCCCUGUUGAUCGGAGACAUCGAGCAGAUUUUGUUGAAUGAAGACGAUGAUUUUGGUCCUGUAGCGGGGGAAGGGUCAUUUGAGGAGCAAGACGUAGGGUUCGAUUGGAGUAGUUUACUACUGGAUUCCCCUUGCGAGGCCUCGGAUUCCAAAUGCUCUAGCGGCGGGUCUGAGGUUGAGGAGAGGGAUCUGGUCGACCCGUUCCAGCAGAAGCUUGACUGUGUUGCCCAGGUGCUUGAUAGUGAUAAUGGAGAUCCCGUAACAAAAAAACGCAAGAGGCAACUGAGGAACAGGGAUGCAGCAGUGCGAUCAAGGGAGAGGAAGAAGAUGUAUGUGAGGGAUCUUGAGCUGAAGAGCAAAUACUUUGAAUCAGAAUGCACGAGACUUGGGGUGAUGCUUCAGUUCUGUCUAGCCGAAAAUCAAGCUCUGCGCUUUUAUUUGGAGAACAAUAACAAGAAGGCCGUUGGUGCUUCGAGUCCAAGGCAGGAGUCUGCUGUGCUCUUGUUGGAAUCCCUGCUGUUGGGUUCCCUGCUUUGGUCACUGGGCAUCAUCUUCACAUGCCUGUUCAUCCUACCAUCCCGGCUCCUGUCAACCCUACUGCGAGUCCUUCCUCAAAAAGGGCAAGAAGACCAAAAUCAGGCAAGCCGGAUAAAGGCGGGAAGGGAGCAGAAGAGCAUUAGAAUUUGUGUCUUCCCAACUAUGAUGGGCAAGAGAUACAAAGCUUCGAGGUCAAGGUUGAAGUAUGCUUGUCAUUAGUGUUGCACCACUGUGCUUUUCUUCACAUUAUACUCUGCACUGUCUUUUGAGUUUUGAUCAUCCCGGAACUUAUGGGUUAUCACAUAGGAAAAUUUAGUUAAAUAACACUAAAACAUAAUGACUUUCCCUAAAUAACAUCAUAUGUGUUUUUCUUCCCAAUAUAGCACUUUUAGUCAUUAUCCAUUAGUCAUUAUUCAAGAGAGGAAGUGACUGUUUUGGUCUCUACCACUUGGAAUGAAUAAAUGUCAUGUGCUCUAGAGACCAUGUCCCAUGCUUGUAUGUAAUUAAGUGAUUUCAUCCUAUUUUUGCAGAACUGCUGUACUUUGUAUGAAGUUGGGAUAAUUUGAAUAAUUAAGAGGCUUUGAUAAUUGGUCUUAUAUGUUUUCUCAUAUAUUGUUUACUCAACGGAAGGAAAUUAAUACGUAUCUUGGUGUGGCUGCCUAGCUGUCCAGGAGCAGCCAUGGCGUAUAAAUUAAUUUCUUAAAAUGAUUAUAUAAGUAGAGCAUAUCUAAGCCUCUUUAUAUUAGCUUUGAAAUUGAUAAUUUUUCUUGGCAAUACAUAAUGCUCCUUACAAUCCAUUAGUCAUUAUUCAAGUAAUGUUCGCUAGCACUGAACAUUAUUCACAUUAUUAAGUACUAUUUAGGGGUUAAACCAAUUUAAGGGCCAUUUAGAAAAAUGACUUAGGUUUUAGUGCUAUUUAAUGCAAAUAUUUCUUAUACACAUUCUACACUCCUACCUGUUGUCCGUGAGAAUUAUUUGAGAAGCCAUCUCGGGAUUGUCUGGAACAUUAAACAAAACUACUCUUGAUAA